AUGGCAGGUCCGGAUGCUUGGGGCGUUAGCGGCGAGCAGGAGUCCUCGGCGCUGGCUGUUUUGCAGGUUGCUGCAGAGGGCGAGCUGGCUCUGGAACAGGCAAGAUGUCGCCUCUGCGAGCUGCGUGAGUUCGAUCCGAAUGAGUUCUUCCUGAGCCUGUUCGCGCACUGGUCUUCUGCUCAGCAGGGCUGGAUCAGCGUGCACGACGUGUUUAGCUGGCUUGGCCAACAGCUCCACAGUGCUGCUGGCAUACUUGUGGAGGAGGUUGCGGCUGUGCUGGCGCCAGUGCUCAAUCCACACGGAGAGCUACGUUACAAUGGUUUUCUCCGUUUGGUGCUGCCGCGCGAUCCAGCAAACUCAUGGCUGAAGGAAGCCACGCUACUUCGCAGUGGGUACCGCGGAGGUCCAUCGAGCCAGAUCAUUCCGACCGAAGUGUCGUACAGGUUCUGCCGAUUGAUCGAAGGCGAGCGCGAUCUGAUCGCACGUCUCGGCAUUCAACGACGUCGACUUGCAGACUUGCAGCCGCACCGUAAGUCCCUCGAGGCCUUGUUGACCGCCCCUGGCGGGCCCCGCCAUUUGCUGGUGGAUCGCCUCAAGGUCUGCGACGAUGUUCGCUGCGAAGCGUUGUUGCGCCGGGUGGGCCUUGAGUGCAACUGGACCAGUGGUGGCAUCAUACCCGCAGCUUCUGCUGAGGAACUUGUAGACUUCAUCCUCAAGCCUCAGCCAGGUUGGAUUCGCGGCGGUCCAGAGAUGAGAGCUUUCCAGGCAGCCACUGGCCAACGAGGUGAGCUUCGAAGUGGGGCAGGCAGUGCUUCAUGGAGCCCCAGGAGACCCCCGCCGAGUCUGGGCAGCUACGCUGCAUGUGCAGCAAGACAGGCUGCUGCGGAGGCCAGCAACUGCAUAGGCUCUUUGUCGCGACAGGCAUCGUCGCCACGGCGAAGUCCAGGCGGACCUGGUGGCCCAGGCGGACCGGGUGCUCCGGCCCAGGUGCCGUUGUGGCAGUCCAGGGAAUGGCCGUUCAGGCAAGCAAAUGGCGGCAGCAGGGAGAGGGCUAUUCUGCCUGAAGAUGCUCGCAAUCCUGUGGUUGACAUGGUCAUCCCGGCUCAUCAGCUUUCCGCACCGCCCCCUCCAAUGCUUGAGCCAGCAAGACCUGUGGGCCUCUACCAGCCAUCCAAGGCUGCCUUGUCUCCCCGAUCAGCGUCUGGAUACGUUGCGCCCAAUCGGGGUAUGCCUUUCAUGAUGAAUGCGCCUUCUUCGCCACGUGCGCUGCCACGCGAUCCCGGCGCUCCUCCGGGACGAGUGGAUGGCCGUGGAUGGCCAUGGUGGGAAGAAGAGGUGCCUGGGCAGCGGCACUACUCGCCUCCCAGAGGCUCUGGGUCGCCACGGCAGCUUGCGCCACGGCUGCCACUACCACAGCGCUCUGCCCCGCCCCGCCCCACUUCCCCGUCGCAUCGGGCCUGGCUGGUGGAGGCCGGUGGCUGUGCAGGGCGCGAUGGAUCUCCGGUGGGCAGCGGAAGGCUCCACAGUCCGUCCCUGGGCCGGCCGCGACCAUCCGAGCUUGGCAGAGCUGAUGUGAGCCGCUCGGGUCACAGUCCUCGCUUGAGGUUGCCCGAUGGCUUUUACGAGGGGCCUCUCUGGGCGCCUCCCCGUGAAGAUGCUUCAGAACUGCGAAUGCUGCGAACAGCUCUCCAGGCCAUGGUCCGCCAAGCUGCCUGCGAUGCCGAGGCUGAGGAUGCCAAGGCAAUGCUGGGUCCCGGCGCUGGAGCUUGCGGGCUGCCGGCCUUCUUCAAAGUCCUCGACCCCUGGGAUAAGGGCCACGUGCUCGAUACAGACCUGCUGCAACUGGUGAAGGAGCACGAAGCACCGGUGUCUUUUGCCAGCUUGUGCUCCUUGGUGCACGAGGCCAACGUGAGACGCGGAGGCGGUUUACUUGGUCAUCUCACGUUCCGGGACCUUGGGAAGCUGAUCUUCCCCAUUCAGACGAAGGAGUACAAAGCAAUGUGUGACUCUGCCACAGAUGAUGAAGCCAAGUCGAUCCUGUACUUGCUGCAGUACUCAGAGCCGUGCCCACGGUGUGGGUUUCGAAUUCAGAGGGACUCUGACUCGGCUGGUUGCCCGAAUGUGGUCUGCAGCCAUUGCCAAGCCGCUUUCAGGUGUUUCGUCGUGGCCAGGCCUUUCUUGGAUGCGCCGGCGGCUUCUGCAGCAGAUCGAUAUACUCUUUGCAGGCUGAUCGCGGCCGUUGCCCGCACGGCUGAGAACCUGGAGCUGGACCGAAAGAGACUGGCGGCACAUGCAGGGUUCGACCAAACCUGCCUGAGAGAGGUUUUUCAUUACAUCUCUUCGGGGCAGCCGACCUUUGAUAUCGUGGGUCUGCGGCAGGCCUUCCGAGAUCAGCAGAUUCCCGUUGCCGAGAAGGAGUUGGACCUACUAUGGCAGCGCUAUGCCCCAAGCUUCGGAGCUGGAGUGUCCCUGGAGCAUUUUCAGCGCCAACUGCGCUACGAUCCAAUGUGGACGCCCGAGGGCUGCACUGCAACGAACAGGCUGCUUGUGGCGGUGGUGCAAACCAUGCUGCGCCAAGCGACAGCUGAUGCAGCGACCGAAGACGGGAAGGCGUUGCGGCCGAAGUGUCCGCUCGUGGCGCUCUUCCGGAGCCUGGAUCCCAUGGGCAAGGGCUACCUGCUCGACACGGAUGUCUGGCAGCUGGUGCAAGACUUUCGUGGUUCCAGCACCUUCUCCAGCCUCUGCACUCUGGUUCAGGAAGUUCAGCUUCGACGCAGGUACGGAGAUACCAGCCAUCCGGGCCGACUUUCUCUGAGAGAGUUUGGCGUGCUGGCAUAUCCGCUGGAUUCGAAGGAGUAUGAGGCUCUUGGGACCUGCCGCACGGACGUCGAGGCCAAAUCCGUGCUGUAUGUUUUGCAGAACUCCGAGACCUGCCCGACCUGUGGGCUCCGUGUGCAGCGUGAGUCAGACUCCACAAGCUGUCCAGAGGUUCAGUGCCCCAUGUGUCGGACGGUCUUCCGCUGCAUCAUCGUGGGUAGCUCAUCUGCAGGUUGGGAGGACGACACUGGUGCCAGCCGCUUGUCAGUCCAGGCUCGCCAGCAGCUUCACCGCACGAUCGCGGCAGCAGCAUCGGCUGCCGAGGAGCUGGAGAAAGACAGGCUUCGGCUGUCUCAGUUCAUCGGCCAUGACAUCACGGCGCUCAGUGAUGUCUUCAAUUUCCUAGCGCAGGGCCGCCAGAGCUUCACUCUUCCUGAUUUCAGGCGCGCCUUGACACAUCUCCAGCUUCGAGCAUCAGAGCACGACUUGGAGCUGAUCUGGAGGAGGUAUGCACAACCUGGCAGUGCUACCGUCUCAUUCGCUGACUUUGUGCGUCAACUCAAGCCGCUGACGAAGGCAGCAACAUACUGA